AUGGCCAAUGUGGCAUGCCUUUGGCCCAGUCAUGUGGAGCUGGUGACUGCACGUGGUCGUGACCCGCGGGGUCCGCCCGUCCCUCUUCAGUCUCGAAGCCUCCCUUGGACGUCCUCCAAUGCAUGGAUCUCAAGGUCCAACGUAGGCGUUGCAAGCCUACUGUGUGGUCUGUGGGCGGGCCUCCGGCGGAGCGAGCCGCGAGUGGCGCGGCUCGCGGAGGAGGGUCAACAGCAGGAAUACCUGGAGGAGUUCGAUGCCCUGGGCCGAGAGCUCACGGGAAAGGCCAUCAUUGUCGGCUGGGAUCCUGGUCGCAAGAACCGAGUUGCGAGCCCAGACGGGCCGAGCUUCUCACCCGAGGAGUCGAUGGAGGAGCUUGAGGGCCUUUGUAAGACCUUGGGCCUUGAGGUGAAGGAGUGCGUGCUGCAACAGUGGAGGCCGACCCAGGGGCGUUUGCCCAUCGGCAGCGGAAAGGCAGAGGAGUUGAGGCAACAGGUGAAGUACGACCCUGAAAUCGGGGUGGUGGUCUUCGACCAGGACAUGUCUUACCGGAUGCUGAUGACGCUCAAGGGUCGAAUUGCGCCCAACGGCGAAUGCGUCAUCCUCGACCGGACGUCUUUGAUUCUCAGGAUAUUUGCACAAAGAGCGAGGACAAAGGAAGCCAAACUUCAAGUUAAGCUUGCGAGCCAGCGCUACAUGUUGCCGCGCCUCCGGUACUACCUGACCACGGGCGCUGGCAUGGAAGCCCAAGGUGGUAGUGUUGGCGCUGGAGGGUCUGCCUCGGGCGGCGGCGCCUAUCUAAAAGGAAAAGGAGAGACCCAGUUGCAGAUGGACAGGACCUUGUUGAAGCGGAGGAUUGCAGCCUGCACCAAACAGCUGGAGGAGGUGCGGAAGGUGCGGGCAAGACAGCGUGAACGUCAUGUGGAGCUUGGAUUGCCCAUCAUUUCAUUAGUGGGAUACACCAAUGCUGGAAAGUCCACCUUGAUGAAUGCUUUGGCACAAAGUACUGAGGUGAAGACCAAGGAUCGUCUCUUUGAGACCUUGGACCCCACACGACGCUCGGUCACGCUGCCAGGUGGCCGCACCGUGAUGCUGGCAGACACAGUGGGUUUCAUCCAGAGGCUUCCAGAGCAGCUGGUCGCAGGCUUCAGGGCCACUUUGGAGGAGGUGGUUGAGACGACCAUGAUCCUGCACGUGGUGGACGUCUCUUCUCCAACUGCUGCUCAGCAGAUCGCCAGUGUGUUGAAGACGCUGAAGCGGCUGCCGAAGUUCAAGCCGGAUACUCCGCAGAUCAUGGUCUACAACAAGGUGGACAAACUGGAAGGAGGAAUAGCUGAAGAGCUAGAGCAAAGCCUGAGCUAUCCACAUCCCGGUAUCGUGGGGCAUGUCCAGAUCUCUGCCUUAAAGGGUACGGGCUUCCAUGCCUUGGCGGAGGCUAUUGAAGACACCCUCAUCAAACACACCGACUAUGGUGCUGCACAACUGCGGCUCCUGGCGGCCGAGAAGCUAUCCGCGAAUGCAUUGAAGCAAGUGCUGGAUAGCAUGACGCGUUUGGACUACCUCUCUGAUGAGCAUGUGGGUUUGUUGGGGACUGCGGGUCUCAACACGGAGGCGCUCUCCUUGUCCCGCACAAAGCUGCUGAGGACUCAUGAUGCUGCGUUCCAAGACCUGACAAAGAUGCAGGCCGAGAUGUCCAGCCUGGCAGAUUCCAUGAAGGAACUCGUUGAGGCAGAAGCCUGUGAUGUCAUCAAGGUGGUGGGAGGACACAAGGACCUCACCCGAGAUGUUUUGCUACUUCGCUCCGAGAUCGCGUUGCGCGAGUCCCUCCUCCAAUGCCUACCAGAGCUGCGUGAUGCGGGUGAGGAGGAGAGGCAACGCUUGUGGCUGGUGUGGACCGAGCGGCCUUUUAGCUGCGAGGCGCCUUGGCGCCUCGGUUGGCCGGUUGGGUGUUUGUCGUUCGCCUCCUUCGAGAAAGAGGACAAAGUCCCGUGUACCUUCCACGAGCCUUGGUUCUGGCGGGCUCUCCGCCGCCCAUCUCUUACGCACGCUUUGUCGCUUCGCAUGGCGGCCAUGGCCAUGGCGGCCGCGGAUGGGAGCCGCGAAGGCGACCCGGCGAUUGGAGUUGAUCCUCGCAGGGAGCCAUGUGGCACGAAAGCGAAAAGAAGCCACUCAGCUCCUGAAACUGGCUGGCUGGACCUUUGCGCUUCAUUUGCUCAAUCGCUUGGAGCACAGCAACUGGGCCAAUGGAAUCUGGCAAAUGCCAGGAAAUUCAGGGGAGGUGGAAACUGCAAGUCUCAAAAGCCUGGGUCAUUUGGUUUCAUUGACUUGGAUAUCAUCAUCAUUUCAGGGUCAUUGACCGUUAUACAGAUGCCCAAAGGCCCAAAGGGGGUGCCUCAGGGAGAUGUGACGGGACGAAUGGGAGGUGUUGUGGUUCCUGACCUGGUUGCCUGGAGCGCCGCCCAAAACCGCUUGGCCAAGCAGUUGGCUUGGCGCCAAGCUGUGGCCCUCUUGGGCGAGGUGCAGCAACGGCGUCUGCAAGUGGAUGCUGUCCUCACAGCGGUGACGAUCAACGCUUGUCGUGACCGCUGGCAGCAGGCAUGCGCAAUCCUGGCCAAUGCGACCAGGCGAAAUCUUUCAAGCCAAGUCGCUUGCAGUUCGAGCAUUCUGGCUUGUGGUAUGGCGACGGAGUGGCGGCAAGCUUUAGCGGUACUUUCAGAGGCGAAGAGAUGCCUAAAUGUGACCACAUACAGCUGUGCAGUGUCAGCCAUGGAGAAGGCCGCUCAAUGGCAGAAAGCCUUGCAACUUCUGCGACAAGCAGAAGGGCAACAGGUGAUGCCGGACCUGGUGCUGUACUCCUCAGUCAUCAGUGCCACCGAAGCAGCAGGAGGCCGCUGGCAGCACGCACUGCAGCUGCUGGAGGAUGCACGACACUGGAGGAUCCAAGCAAACCUGGUGAUGCUCAGUGCCGCCAUCAGUGCGUUGGAAAAGGGUAGCGAAUGGCAACGAGCACUUCGGCUUCUUGCAACUGUGGGGCGCCCUGACCUCGUAGCAUGUAAUGCCGCGAUCUCUGCCUGUAAGCAGGGUUCUGCUUGGGAAUUGGCGCUGUCAUUGACACCAGAGGCGGCCCUUUAUGGGCUGAACUCAACCCUGCACAGCCUGGCCUUGAGCCACCGGUGGAAAGAGCAUCUUGCAAGGAAGACAGUGGGUAUGGCGAACAGAAGAACACGCCAGUUGCCCUGUGGAACAAGAACAACACCUGCGGAUCCUCAUGGAUCUUCAUGCAUAGCUGGAGAGGCUGACAUGGGGUGGAUCAGGUGUUCAAAUCUCAGCUCUUUUGAUUGCAGCUUCCCAUCUUUUUCUGGCAUGUCUGAACACAGACCUCGUGGUGACAACCUUGAUAACUUGAGGGAAGCACCAGGAAGCGAUUUCCCCAGAUUCCCAGAUUGA